UUCCAAUUGUGUGUGGACUCUUGGAUACCAUGGACGGUUUAAAGCUCAAAUUGGAAACCAAAGAAGGCAUCAAUAUGUUGGCUAUUCUAAUUGACUGCAUAAAACGAAGACAGGUGGAGUAUGAAAGACGUACAGUCACCAGAUUUGGGACUUUACUUGACCCUCGAUUCAAGAAGGAGGGCUUUCUUUCACCUCAAAGUGUGUCAGAAGCCACGAAGUUGCUGGAAAACGAUAUAACGCUUCUAAACAAAAAUGUCCAUCCAGCUAAUGCGAACACCGAGCCGCCAACUCCAACUGAAAGUCCAGGCCAUAACCAGCCACUGUUACAGUUUCUCAAGAGGAAUAUUGCCAAAAAAAUUAGGACCGAUAGAGUGGACUCCAUUUUAAGCCUUCGUAACUAUUACGAUAGUCCAAAUCUUCAUGAAGAUUGUAAUCCUCUUGAGUACUGGCAUGGCCUAAGUGAUAAAGAAUCACUGAAAUCUUGUUGCAAACGAAUCUUAUGCAUUCCAGCGACUUCAGUUGAGAGUGAAAGAAUUUUUAGCAAAGCUGGAAUUGUUGUUAGUGAUAAGAGGGCUUCACUAAAAUCGUCAAAUGUAGACAAAAUAAUUUUUAUGAGUAAAAACAAUUGGUAAACAAGUAACUGCUGGCUAUAAGUGUUUAAGGAAGUGAUUACUCACAAAAAUGGUCCUGUCAGUGCCAUUCGAUCUCUGAUAGGAAACAUUUAAGACUAAAAAUACUAAAGUGUACCUUGCAUUUUUGC